UUUGCGAGCCUUUAUAUAACCCGCUCCCUCACUAUUGGUUUUUUGUUGGACCAGGAAAAGCUUCUUUCAGCAACCCUUCAAGAUGGAAAAGGAGAGGAUUAAUGGAAGAAAGACAACAACAACAACAAGAAGUGAGUACCAGGAUUUGUUACCUGUGAUGGCGGAAAAGCUGGAUGUGGAAGCUUUUGUGUCUGAAAUAUGUGGAGGGUUUCGGCUUCUAGCUGACCAGCAAAAAGGGUUGAUAACGCCAGAGAGUCUGAGGAGAAAUUGUGCACUUUUAGGCAUGGAUGGUAUGAGCAAAGAGGAAGCCGAAGCGAUGGUUAGAGAAGGUGAUAUUGACGAAGAUGGAGCACUCAACCAGACUGAGUUCUGCAUCCUGAUGGUGAGGCUUAGCCCUGGAAUGAUGGAGGAUGCUGAGACUUGGCUUCAGAAGGCCAUUGAUCAAGAGCUAGGGAAAUCCUCAGCUUGAUCCUUUGUGUGUUCGUAUUUAGUGCAUCAAGAUAUUAUAUUCAUCUUAUUGUACUGCAAGGUUUAUUGUUAAUAAAAAUAAUUAUGAUCCAUUUGAUGGUUUGUUAGAGUCCGUACCAUAUACUCGAUUCAAACUUGCAGGCAAGUCUCAUAAAAAUCACGUUCUUGAUCACACGUGCAAAUCAUAGAAUCGGAUUAUGCGGUUUGAGAUAUAUAGAUAUUUUUUUAUCUCAUGGAGUUGUAUUGGUUUUGAAUUUUCUAGGUUUGGAUUUUUUUUUUAAUUCAAAAUUUUCUGAGUUCAAAUUUUUUGCAUUUUAAUCUUUUUUUAUCAAUUUGGGUUAAUUCAAUUCGGUCGCGAGCCAACUCGAAUGAACCAGCUCGAUGGAAUCUAUUUACCAUAGAACUUGGGCAUCCUGAUGAAAUCAGAAGACUUCUUAUAGAAAACCAUGGGCUUCACAA